UCUCUCACAUCCUGAGCGUCACAUAUCUUCCUUUACAAAGAAGAAGCCGAGUGCAGGUCGAGUCUGCGAGUGGUCAGCGCUCAGCUCCUCCCACCCAGCAUCACCUGCGCAAAAGUCCCUCAAACCACGCGUCCCAAAGACCACCAUGCCACCCCGAUCCUCUUUCUCCGCUGGCGCACCUGGCCCAUCGACACAAGGAGGCAUCAAGCCGAAACGGAGAAGAGUGCGGAAAUCCCGAAGAACUGCAGCUUCCGACUCUAGCAGUAGCAGCAGCAGCGACAGUAGCUCUGAUGGCAGCGGUGACGAGGGCGCACCCUCUGCGAAGGCGACGGAUUUGAGCGCCACAAAGAAAGGGGAUUUGGACUCUAGCACGGAAUCUAGUUCCGGCUCCAGCUCCAGCUCCAGCUCUGGUUCGCGCUCCGAAACCGACAAUGGCAACCGUCGACGAAAUCGGAGAAGCGAAAAGGGAAGCGACGGUGCCGGCGCAGCAACAAAGCCGAAUUGGGGCCUGAUGAAUGCGCCAUCAGAAGCUGUUCGUGCGUCUGUUGACGAUGGUCAAGAAGCGCGUCGGCAAAGAUUUUCGCCCGACCCUUCCGACGUGGAGGCCCAAUCGGAGCUAUCAAGCGAUUCCUCCUGCCGCCUUGAUUCAGACAAAGGCACCAACAAAUCUUCUCGCCUCGAGAGCAAAUUGAGCAAAGUCCCCGAUGCACGUCUUCCAAGCUUGAUGGAGGCGCAACAGACCAAAGUCGAAGCAGUUCAGCGCGCGAAGCAGAAAUCUGCGCUCGACUCUCAAAGACAAGAAGAGGAGAAGAGGGGAAAACCGAUGGAUUCCGAGGAGAGGAGAAACGCUUUCAGGACGUUUUGGUUGGCUGCCGUGACGGAAGAGUUUGGCGAAGAGCUGGAGAAUAUGAGAAAGAGAGAUCCUUCCCUUUCCGAAAGUCUUGGCGGCUCGAGGUUGCCUCUGCUCAUCGAUGCACUCGCUUCAGGAUCGGAAAUCUUCAGCACCGGUCAACCUCAAUCUAGUGCGCAUUUGGAGGGCGAUAAUGCUCUGAUGGAUGUGGACGAGGUCGGAAUGUUACUGCACAAGAUCGAAUGAUAGAUUACGCAGUCCUGCUUUCAGUCGACACAAGAUUCGAUUGCGAUCCCCUCGAUGCAAAGCUCCUCUUUCUAGUCAAUAAUUUUGGCGCGAUGAUCGUGCGUACAUUGUGCGGGCGUCUGCGCCGGGAGAUGUGGGCGAUCAUAAGAUCUCGAGGAGGAUGGCGAUACCUUGACCACCGCCAAUGCAAGCCGCACCAAGUGCGUACUUUUUGUUGAGCCUCUUUCCAUUGUACACCAAGUUGUUGAUGAUUCUAGCUCCAGAA